CUUCAUGAACUAAUUUAAGUUGUAUAAAAAAGUUGAAAAAAGUGCAUAUAAGGACAUCGGUGUUUUAGAAUUUUAUUGUAAAAUAUUUUAAGGUAAUGUAAAUUGGUGAAUUGAAAAUAACGCCGGACUUGUGUUUUUUUUAAUAAUACAGUCCAUGAAGAACAUUUGUAUUUUAUUCGUAAGUGAUAAUUUCAAGUAACUCAAAAUAACCUAUAAACGAGCCUACAAGCGCAAGUAUGUCCUAAAUAAUUAGCAGUUUCUUUUUUGCAAUUUUUGGGAUGAAAAAUAUGUGUAAAAAGUGAAUUUCCCUUGAGUCUCAAUUACAGUUAUAACAUUUAAUUUUCCAAAAAAUUUCAAUCAUGGCCUUGAGACGACCGAAGAAAAAUUUGAAGCUCCAAGUUUCAACAGAAGCUCCUGUUCCUUUAACGCCACCAAGAAAUCUUGAUAAGAGAACAACAAUAACAAUAGAUGAAAAGACAUUUGUUGUUGAAGCUGAUGACCUCGAAACGCUUUGUACUUUGGGUAGAGGGGCUUAUGGAGUCGUAGACAAAAUGAAGCAUAAACAGAGUGGUACUAUUAUGGCUGUAAAGAGAAUCGCAGCUACUGUAAACACACAAGAACAAAAACGAUUAUUAAUGGAUCUUGAUAUUUCAAUGAGAAGUUCAGCUUGUCCUUAUACUGUUCAAUUUUAUGGGGCACUAUUUCGAGAAGGCGAUGUGUGGAUUUGUAUGGAAGUAAUGGAUAUGAGUCUUGAUAAAUUCUACAUGAAAGUCUAUCAAAAUGGACGAUCAAUUCCCGAAGAUAUCUUAGGAAAUAUUGCCUUUGCAGUAGUAAGUGCAUUACAUUAUUUGUAUUCACAAUUACGAGUUAUUCAUAGAGAUGUGAAACCUAGUAAUAUAUUAAUAAAUAGAAAAGGAGAAGUUAAAAUUUGUGACUUUGGAAUAUCUGGAUAUCUAGUUGAUUCGGUAGCAAAAACAAUUGACGCUGGUUGCAAACCUUAUAUGGCUCCAGAAAGGAUAGAUCCAUCGGGAAAUCCUUCUCAGUAUGAUAUUAGAUCUGAUGUUUGGUCUUUAGGAAUUUCACUUGUCGAAUUAGCGACUGGGAAAUUUCCUUACAAAACAUGGGGUACACCUUUUGAACAACUUAAACAAGUUGUUAAAGACGAUGCACCAAAAUUGCCUGAUGGAACAUUUUCUCCCAGUUUUGAGGAAUUAAUAAACAAAUGUUUAAUGAAAGAUUACAAAUUACGACCGAAUUAUGAUCAACUUUUACAACAGAGUUUUAUAAUUAAUCAUGCUGAAAAAGAAACUGAUGUUGCAACAUUUGUUGCAGAGGUCAUUGAUUUACCUGAUAAAAAUGAGACUAAAUAGUAAAAUAUUUUAAACAAAUUCCUAUCGAUUUUCACCUACGUAUGUUGAAUCACAUUGGAUUGUUGUCCACCUCAUUUGAUUCUCACCUUAAUUAAUUAAAAUGUUAUUUGCAUCAGACAACUUACGUAGCAUAUAGUAAAUCGAUCGCCAACAAAGAUCAAAAUUAAAUUUUGAUCAUGUGAUCAAAAUAUGUAAUUUUUCAUUGUUGCGUUAAGAAAUGAAUUCUAAAGGAAAAUUAUUCCCAGUUAUCACAUUAUUUUUCUUAAAUUAUUAAGAGAGGAAAAAAAAUAAAAAUACAUGACCUAAAUUAUGUUGAUACUGCCAACAGGAGAAAACUUAAUUUUCUGCUCAAAAAUGGCCUUCGAAAGACAGUAAUAGUCUUGAAAAAUUUUUAAUGAAGAAUAUUUUUUCUGUAGAAAUUGUAGUGAAAUGUUUCUUUUUGAAACAAAUUUCAAUUCUUCUACUUUAAUCUAAUGUAGUUUUUUUUUUUGAAUUGUGUAUGAUAAUUCAUUGAAAAAAUCUGGCUUAAAAAAAUGGACUGCGUAGACAUUUAUAAUUUUUGUAGAUAUAGUGUAUUUACAAUCACGACUCUUUUUUUUUUGAUACAUUCUACAAAUAUGUAACACCCUUGAUUUAAAAUAAACGAGAAACCGAAUUAUCAA